AUGGAUGCGCUCGCGGGUUACGGCUCCGACGAUGACGUCAGCGACGAGGAGCCCUCGCAGCCGGUCCGCUCAUCCGCACCACUAACCGCUUCGACUGCAGCUCCAGACCCUUCCUCUGGUUUUGCCACUACCUCCGCUAAACACGCGGCGACUUCCGUAAGCCGCAACGGGUCUCAGGACGAUUCCCCUCCAACCUCGCAGCCGCAGCCGCAGCAGCAGCAGCAGUCAAGGCAGGGCUUAGGUCUGGCGCUGCCGCCCCCAUCGUCGAAGCGCGUAAUUCUCGGAUCGCUUCCGCCGCCGCGUUUCGCAGGUUCCGCUGCCGGUCCGCCCGCUUCUUCCCCUUGGUCCUCCGGGGAAGCGGAUGCGGAGGGCGGCGUAUUCGCGCCAACUCCCGCCGGCUCGCGCGCGGGUUCUUCCGCCAAAGCAGGUGCGACUGCAGUCGCAGCGCCGGCAGACGGCGAACCGUCAGAAAACGUGACGGACAGUCUCGCGCCCAGCCGGCCGCGAUCGGGGCUAUUUGCGGCUCUCCCGCCGCCGCGGCUUGCGCAAGGGUCAGCACUAGGGUUGGGGGUCGGCGCGGGUCUUGGGCCGUUUGGAGAGACAAGGGAUGAGCCGCUGACGAGCGCGAAGCUCGGGGGACGAGUAGGCGGAGGCCCGAGCGGAGGCGGGGGGGGAGGUGCGGGCGGAAGCGGAACCGGAGGCGGAAGGGGAGGCGGAUUUGGCGCGGCUGGUGGCGGAAAGAAAGUGGUUAAGGUUCAGUUGCCGGUGGGAUCGUCUCUGUUUUCGUUUAGCGGACAAGGGAUUGGGUCGGCGGGGGGGUCAGGCAUAGCAGGGCCAGGCGCACGCGCAGGCGGCGCAGGCGCGGGAUUGGGCGCAGCAGGCGCGGAUUACGGGGAGGAUUCGGAGUCGGACGAGGAGGAGCGGGCGCGCAAGACGCGCAUACGCGAGCGCAACGCGGCAGCAGCAGCUGCGGCUGCUGGGGAGUUGAGGACGGCUGGUGCUGCUGCUGGCUUGGGUGCAGCGACGGGAGGUGUGGGAGGGGUGGGUGGCGUGGGGUCAAGAAUGGGAGUAACGGUUUCUGAUUCCGAUGAGAGCUCAGAUAGUGGUGAUGAGGAGGGGUUGGGAGGUGUGGGGAUAGAGGGGGCAGGCGUUAUGGGAGGUGUGGGGGGAGGGGAAGGUGACACGGAGGCAGGAGCAGGGGAGGCGCACGCGUAUUCCCACCCUGUUGCCGAGCCUGCAAACGAGCAGCAGCACUCGUGGGGUGGUGCUUAUAGUGAAGGGCAUUAUACGGCAGCAAGCUCAUCCGGACAGGGAGGAGCAGGCAUGGGGGAGUAUAGCACAGCGGCACUAGUAGCAGGGGUGGCAGAGGAGGGCUUAGGGCAGGCAGGAGGAGAAGGAGGAGGUCACGCGCUAGGAGCAGAGGGGGAGGACACAGAGGCGCUAGCUCGGAUGGCGAGGAAGCGAGGGCGGGGGCGGGAGGCGAUGGAGGUGGCAGCGGCAGCGGCGAAUGUGGUGGAGGUGAAGCAGGCGGAUCUGACCAAGGGCAGGGUGCGGCAGGACCCGAUGCGAGCCACUGGGACUGCCUUCGGGCCUUCCUAUGCGCCGGUGUCAGCGGCAGGCAACAAGCCGUCCAAGAUGCAUCGGCGCAAGCACCAGAUCGGCUCGCUCUACUUUGACAUGCGGCAGAAGGAGACGGAGCUCGCAGAGCGCCGCUCCAAGGGCAUGCUCACCAAGGCCGAGACGCAUGCCAAGUACGGCUGGUGA